AUGCCAUUAUAUGCCAAGUUUAUAAAGAAACUGCUUUCAAAGAAAAAGUCCUUGGAAGGAGGACAAACUGUUGUGAUGACAAAAGAAUGUAGUGCUAUCAUCCAAAGGACUCUCCCAAUGAAAAAAAAGGAUCUUGGAAGUUUUCAUAUUCCUUGCACCAUAGAAAACAUAACAAUUGAGAAGUCAUUGUGUGACCUUGGUGCAAAUAUAAACCUGAUGCCUCUGUCUCUCAUGAAGAAACUUCAAAUUCAUGAAUUGAAAUUCACACAGAUAGCUCUCCAAAUGGUUGACAAAUCUAUCAAGCAAGCACUUGGGGUGGUGGAGAAUGUACUGAUGAAAGUAGGAAAGUUUUUUCUUCCAGCUGACUUUGUGAUCCUCGACAUGGAGGAGGACUGCAACACCUAUAUCAUCUUGGGAAUACUCUUUCUAGCUACAGGAAAAGUACUGAUAGAUGUUGAAAGAGGAGAAUUGAUGCUAAGAGUGCAUGAUGAGCACCUAGUAUUCAAUGUCUUUAGAAACUUGCAAGUUCUGACUCAAGAGAAGGAAUGUAUAGAGAUUGAUGAUGGAGACCCAAAGGAAGCAACCAAGGAGUCACUUCCAGAAUUCCUAAGCCCCUGCCUGAAAGAAAAGAAAGAAGCUGAAGAGACGCCAAGAGCUCAAGGAGUAAAGGAAACCAAAGACGAUCCACAAGCAAACCUCCAAUUGUGA